AUGGACGUCACAACGACUCUGUUUUCUCCAACGGACUUUGAUCUGAAAGAUGACUUCUCGUUUAACGUGACGUUCACCAACGUCAGCUCUCCUCCCGUGACUUUUCUGUCGCCUGCUGUAAACAAAGCCACCAACAUUUUUGUCAUUAUUAUCAUGUUCAUCGCGAUGAUCUCACUGGGCUGCACCAUGGAGGUGUCCAAGAUAAAGGUCAGCAGCAGCUCGUCCAAUCAKAGCUGCGUGUUCACGGAUCACAUCUUAAAACCUAAAGGGGUGGUCAUCGCAGUGCUUUCACAGUUUGGCGUGAUGCCACUCACAGCGUUCUGCUUGGUUAAGGGCUUCCAGCUGACUGAAAUAACGGCAGUGGCGAUUCUGAUCUGUGGCUGCUGUCCUGGAGGAAGUGCCUCCAACUUCCUGGCUCUGGCUCUGCAGGGGGACAUGAACCUCAGCAUCGUGAUGACCUCCUGCUCCACCAUCCUGGCUCUGGGCAUGAUGCCGUUCCUGCUCUACGUGUACUGCCAGGGCUUCCCUGGCCUGCAGAAAGCCAUCCCUUACGUCAAAAUCGUCAUUUCCCUGGUCCUGAUCCUGCUGCCGUGCGGCAUAGGCAUCCUCAUCAACCACUACAGGCCGCAGUACUCCAGGAUGAUCACAAAGGUCAGCGCACACCUGGGGGUGGGAGGGUUCGAUGGGCUUCUCUGUUCACAGGUAGGUCUCAGUAUAACGAUGAUCUCCGCCAUCACGGUGGCGAUCAUAACCAGCGUGGACUCCGGAGUGUUCAUCCUGACGGUGCUGGCUCCGCCCCUCAUGGUCAUCGCAGCCCUCAUGCCCUUCAUCGGCUUCACCUUCGGCUACAUCAUCUCCUCGCUCUGCAGGCUCAGCCAUUCGGAGCGAAGGACCGUUGCUAUGGAAACAGGCUGUCAGAACGUCCAGCUGUGCACCGCCAUUCUGAAGCUAGGCUUCCCGCCAGCAGAGAUGGGCUCGUUGUUCAUUUUCCCCACCGUCUACGUGUCCUUCCAGCUGAUGGAGGCGGGGCUAAUCAUCAUCCUGUUCAGGUGUUACAGGUGUUUCAGCAGGAAACAGGAAGGUGAGACCCACAGCAGCCGCCUCUACACCUGGAUUCCACCUUGGGGUCUUUUCAGACCAGAUCAAACAUUUAAACAAAAGCUCAUUACAUUUUAACGCCAACUGGUCAAACAAGUUGAUAAUUAUACUUAAAUAUGAGACUUUAAAGGGUCRGUGACAUCAUUUUUUGUAAUAAACAUAAAUGUA